GGUGCGGAGGGCGCGGCAGCGGCGGCCAUGGACGGGCGGCCCGGGCCGAGGCCGACCCCCGAGGGCCGCCGGGAGCGCUCCCGGGACGCCGCCCGGUGCCGGCGCAGCCGCGAGGCCGAGGUGUUCGGGCAGCUGGCGCUGGCGCUGCCCUUCGCCCGCGGCGUGAGCGCGCACCUGGACAAAGCGUCCAUCAUGCGGCUGACCAUCAGCUACCUGCGCGUGCAGCGCCUGCUGGCCGCGGGCGCGUGGGCGGCGGCGGCCGAGGCUGUGGACGGCUGCUACCUGCAGGCGCUGAGCGGCUUCGUGAUGGUGCUGAGCGAGGGCGGGGACAUGAUUUACCUGUCCGAGAACGUCAGCCGCCUGCUGGGGCUCAGCCAGCUGGAGCUGAUCGGGCACAGCGUGUUCGACUUCGUGCACCCCUGCGACCACGAGGAGCUGCACGACGUGCUGGGCCCGCGGCAGGGGGGUCCCCGGCGGCGGGGGGAGCGCUCGGGCCGCAGUUUCUCGCUGCGCAUGAAGAGCACGCUGAGCGGCCGCGGGCGCUGCCUCAACCUCAAAGCGGCGUCCUGGAAGGUGGGGAGGGGACACUGGGGACAUCGGGGACAUUUGGGGACACUGGGGACAUUUGGGGGCAUUUGUUUGGGGUGCUCCCCGAUGGUUUUGGGGUGCUCCCCGAUGAGCCAUGCUGGUAUAUCCCCCAUAAUUUUGGGGUAUCCCACCCUAAUUUUGGGGUGCCCCCCGGUGUUUUUGGGGUGCAGGAUCGGGGAGGUGGCCGGGUACCACCCCGAGGAGCUCCUGGGCUGUUCCCUCUACGAGUUCGUGCACGCGCUCGACUCCAACACGCUGAGCCGCAGCGUGCACACGCUGCUCAGCAAGGGCCAGGCUGUCACCAGCCAGUACCGGUUCCUGGCCAAGCGCGGGGGGUUCCUGUGGGCUCAGACCCAGGCCACCGUCAUGGGCGGGGGGCGAGCGGCGCCCGAGGGCAUCGUGUGCCUGCACUUCGUGCUCAGCGGGGGGGGAGGGCGGGGUCUGGUUCUGUCCCUGGAGCAAACGCAGCGCCGCGAUUUGGGGAGGGGGCGGCGCCCCCCGCCCCCCGCCCCCGCCCCCCCGGACGCCGUGCUGGACCUGAGCCUGGACCUGGGGGUCCCGGGGGUCCCGGGGGUCCUGGCCUUCGUGCGCCCCUCGCACGUGCCCGAGGCCGCCCUGCAGAGGGACCCCCGGCGCUUCUGCUCCCCCGAGCUCGUCCGGCUCCUCGGGCCCAUCUUCGACCCCCCCCCGGCGACCCCCGCCCGCCGCCCCCGCAGCCCCUCCCCGGUACAGAAGAUUUUUGGGGGGAGCCGCGGCCAUGGGACCACCCUGCAGCCCCCCGCUCUGGACCUGGCCAUGCUCGCCCCCUACAUCCCCAUGGACGGCGAUUUCCAGCUGGGCGGGCCCGAGACGCACAGGGGGCGGGGCCUGCGCCGCACCGGCCCCGCCCACAAGGCCGAGGCCCCGCCCCCGAGGCCCCGCGCCCGCAGCUUCCCCGGACGAGGCCCCGCCCCCUCCCGGCUGGGCCACGCCCUCCCGAGAUGGGGCAGCGACCCCGCCCUCGGCCACGCCCCGCGGCCACGCCCUGCUAGGAAGAGGCCGCGGGAGCCGAGCCCUGAGGAUCCGCCCGGGGCCCCCCUGAAACGGGCGGAGCUGGACCCCCAACUGCUGGGGCUGCUGCUGAGUGGGGACCCCCCAGGACCGAGCCUGGGCCAGGAGCAGCUGCUGCUGGCUGAUGGUCUGACCCUGCCCGGGACCCCCCAAAACCCCCAAGGGGGGGGUCCCUGA